AUGAGCCUGGACAAGCUUAAGAAAGGCCUCAAGAAAGCCCAGACAAGCGAUGUGUCUCUGAAAUUCCAGGUGCUCUUCCCGAAGGACAGCUCAGACAGGGACUUCCUGUGUUCAAGGUCACGGAGAAAACGGUUGGUGACAGAGUUGGUGCACGAGGUGCUGGCUUGGGAAAGUAACAUUCCCCUCUUGCUUCUGGCUCUGACUGAAGCAGCCCCGGCUGCGCCCGCCGUGCCCGAGUGCAACGGGAGCGUCGCCCCGGAGAAGGGCCCGCGCCAGGUCGUCGGUGCCGUCGAUGAAAUCGCAGACUCUGUGGGGACAGUUCCUUACGGGAAUGCAGAGACCGGCCCCGACCGUCCCCUCGGGAAAGGAAAUCAGGAGGAAAACGGGGAUUCGUUGACAGAGGACGCAGCACGGGGGGACCUGGACGGAGGGAAGCAGCGCGAAGAAAAGCAAGAGGAAAGCCAUGGGAUGCUCCAGCAGGGAUCAGCUGAUACCCAGGACACAGGGACCAGCAGCCAGGAGUCAGAGGGAGGGCUGGGCAGGGCUGCCCAUGGGCAGGCAGAGCCGGGGGCGGCCCAGGAGGAGGCGGAGGAGGAGGAGGAGGAGGAGGAGGAGGAGGACACCGAGGAGGAUGAAGUUCAGGUGAUCGAAAUGAAGAAGGAGAACGGCGCGGCGUCCCCGCCGAGGCAGCAAGACAGCAGCAAGGAUGUGGCAUCUGCCCCCACCAGCCCUGGCUGCAACGCCCAGGCUGAGAAACCCGGGGAGCAGCCCAGCCUGGGGAAGAAAAAUGACAUCUCCAGACACAGCUACUCCCGGUACAACACGAUCUCGUACCGGAGGAUCAGGAAAGGAAACACCAAGCAGCGGAUCGAUGAGUUUGAAUCCAUGAUGCACUUGUGA